CCCACGCACAAAAACUAGCCCCUCCUUCUUGUUGUUCCCAAAAUCUUCCUCACUCUCUGUCUUGGUGGUUAAACUGGUUUUGCAAUGUCUAAGGAGGAGAAAGAAACCCAAUAUUCUAAGAUAGACGUUGAUCUGUCACGGCCUAGAUAUGAUCAAACUGUAUUCUCUGGAAGAGCUAAACAUUUCUUUCAAGUCACUGACCCAAGGAACCUACUGGCUACAACUAAACAGCUUGAAGAGGCUGCACUGACUGUUAAACAAUACAAGGAAGGUAUAGCUCCAGCAGGCAUCACAGAGGAUGAGCUUUGGAAUGCAAAGACUCUCUAUGAUUCGGCCUAUCAUCCCGACACUGGAGAAAAGAUGUUCAUAUUGGGAAGAAUGUCAGCACAAGUUCCCUGUAAUAUGACCAUCACAGGGCUAAUGAUGACAUUUUACAAACAUCCAGCAGCUGUGUUUUUCUGGCAGUGGACCAAUCAGUCCUUCAAUGCUAUAGUUAAUUAUACCAACAGGAGCGGAGAUGAACCAUUAACACCAAAACAAGUCAUUCAGCCAUACAUUGCUGCAACUACCUGUGCUACAGCUACAGCCAUUGGUUUGAAUGUACUGGCAAAAAAUCUCCCUCCUCUUAUUGGUCGGUUUGUUCCUUUUGCGGCAGUUGCAGCUGCUAAUUGUGUGAAUAUCCCUCUCAUGAGACAAAGAGAAAUUAAUAAUGGAAUACCUAUUGUUGAUUCUGACGAUAACAAGGUUGGAGUAUCUAAAAAUGCAGCUAAGAAAGCAAUUGCUCAGGUUUGUUUCUCAAGGAUAGUGAUGGCAAUGCCAGGAAUGAUCGUACCUGCUAUCAUUAUGAAUUCAAUUGAAAAGAAAGGUUACCUCAAAAGGGUGCCAUGGGCAGCGGGUCCACUCCAAGUGAUGCUGGUUGGAAUGAGCUUGGUGUUUGCUACUCCACUGUGCUGUGCAAUAUUUCCACAGAAAAGUUCUAUUAGUGUCUCUAAACUAGAGCCAGAACUACUUGAAAGGUUACAGAAGACACAGCCUCACCUCCAAAAAGUGUAUUUUAAUAAAGGACUUUAACUUAUUUAUUUUUGAAUGUGUUGAUUGAAUUGCUACCAUAAUAAUAAUUAUUAUCAUA